GCUUCAUGUUGGGGGUUGGGUGGGCAGAAUCUCAAUUAAGUUUUUUUUUAAAUUGAUUUACUUGAUUGGGAGGCAGCCCCUCCCCCUUGGCUACACCAAUGGGAGGGGGGGCUCCUGUUUCUGGGUUAUAUGGGCUGCCCCCGCCCCCAUGGGACAAGGUGAGGCGACAGGAUCCCCAGGGUCAGCAGGAUCUUUUUACAGUGGUACGUCAGGUUGCAGUUCAUGAACCCAAGUCAUCACCAUUUGCCUUUCUAGGCGGUUUAAAUAUGUCAAUGACCCCUCUGGCUAUACAAAUGAAUAUUCUUUUUUAUGCGUCCAUCUCUGAAAGAGCAAAUCCAAGCGCUGGAAACACAAACCAUUGUCCACGUAAGCUGUGGGAAGGAGCACUCACUGGCUGUUCGCAACAACGGGAGAGUUUUCUCGUGGGGAGCUGGAGCUUUUGGACAGCUGGGCACUGGAGAAUUAAAAGAGCGUUUGAUUCCAAAGUAAGCAGCAAAUACAGUGGUACCUCGGGUUACAGACGCUUCAGGUUACAGACACUUCAGGUUACAGACUCCGCUAACCCAGAAAUAGUGCUUCAGGUUACGAACUUUGCUUCAGGAUGAGAACAGAAAUCGUGCUCCGGCGGCACAGCGGCAGCGGGAGGCCCCAUUAGCUAAAGUGGUACCUCAGGUUAAGAACAGUUUCAGGUUAAGAAUGGACCUCCAGAACAAAUUAAGUUCUUAACCCGAGGUACCACUGUGUUUUCUGCAUUUAUAUCCCCACCAUUUUUCUCCAUGCAGCUCCAAGGGGACUUGCCUAGUUCUCCUGCCCAUCAUUUAAUCCCCACAACAAUCCUGUGAGGCAGGCUAGGCUGAGAGGUAGUGGCUAGCCCUCAAGGUCAGCUUCAAGGUUGAGUGGGGAAUCGAACCUUCGUCUCCAAGGUCCAAGUUCAAUGCUCUAACCACUGCACCACCACUGCCUCCCCCUCCUUCUUUGUUUCUGGUUUAGAUCUUCACUCACCCUUUCUUCUCCUGUGAGGUGGGAACCUGUGGGGGGGUAUUUUGUGGUUUGCCUCAGGCACCAAAAUGGCUUGUGCCAGCUCUGCCCCACCUCCACCGUGUAUUCUUCUUUUUCACAAUUAACACAAUUAGUUAUUAUUUAUUGAGUUUAUUUAUUUUAUCCGAAAGGAGGAAAGAUCAAAAGAAUAUUAUAUCCAGCAGUGUCGAUUAGGUAUGUUACUGCAGUGUUAAUUAAAAUGUGUUCCGUUUGCUCUCACGAUACAUAAAGAGAGUGUUAAGCUACAGGGAACCAGGCAGAGGGCCUUCUCAGUGGUGGCGCCUGCCCUGUGGAACACCCUCCCAUCAGAUGUCAAAGAGAUAAACAACUACCUGACAUUUAGAAGACAUCUGAAGGCAGCCCUGUUUAGGGAAGUUUUUAAUGUGUGACAUUUUAAUGUAUUUUAAAUCUUUAUUGGAAGCCUCCCAGAGUGGUUGGGGAAACCCAGCCAGAUGGCGGGAUACAAAUAAUAAAUUAUUAUUAUUAUUAAUUAUUAUUAUUAAUUAUUAUUAUUAUUAUUACUAUAUCUAUCUUUUUAGCUACACUAAACCAAGGACAAAAUCAGUCAGCACCUGGAAGCUAACACUACAACAAGACCUACAAUCAGGCUUACAUGGUGGUGACUGCUCUUUAAAUGGUACUUCAAAACGUGGUAAACCCAACCUGGUGCUUUUUGGUAGUACUCUUGCUCAUUUUGAUGAGUGGGAAGCCCUGAACUUCCACCUAAAUGGCCAGAGCUUGCAACACCACUGUUUUAGGGAGCAGCAGUUUGCACUCAUUCACUGGUCUUUAGCUGGUGGGUCAGGACCAGCUACUGGGUCAUACAUAGCCUGAUCCAAGGUGGGUCGCAACAGGAGCACUUACCACCAUAUAUGGUUUAAGAUUAAAAAAUGGGUCCCCAAAUGCAUGUAUGUGUAAAAGGUGGGUCCUAUGUCUGAAAAGGCUGAAGCCAAAACACAUUCACUGCAUCUGAUAUUAUUUGUUUGUUUAUUUUCAGGGUACCUACAGAAACAAAAUGCUGUACAAGUGUAAGAUGAUAGUCUGCCCUUGUUUCCUAAGGCCCACACUCAUCAGCACACAGCAGAGAUGAAAGUAGAUUGAGGGUGAGUUGAAGUGAUAAAGCUGUGAGCCAUUCAGGGUCCAACUCAGCUCAUGAGGUUCCGCCCCCUAACCUAAACUCAGAAUGGGACAAAGAGUCUACAUAACAGAAAGGAAAUAUUUAACAUUUUUUAAAAAAUCAUUAACCAUAAUACUGGGUAUCUGUAACCAAUUGCACUUCAAGGAACACGAUCCUUUUCAUAAAGUGUAUAAUAAGCAGUUAUUUUUCAACUAUUUAGUUACAAUUCGUAUGCAAAACUUUCCCAUUCAUAGGAUGCCCUAAAUAAAAGCAUUUCUAAAUUAAAUUUGAGAUAUGCUAAUUUCUUGACUAGCUGCUAUUUGGGGCAGGGGGGGGAGAGAGAAAGAAGAUAUUUCACAAACUACAUGCAAUGAAAUAAUAGCUUGAAUUCUGAUUUAAAUGAAAGUGGGCAAACUGAUUCCAAACCCUGUGGAUGGGAAGCCAUUGGGGGGGGGGGCGUAACCUGCAGUGAUGAAAAUAAGGAGCAUCCUUUGUCCCAGCUCCCUGCCCCACUUAAUCUCUACACACAUUCACCCCAUCUCCCAAAGCUGCUUUUCUUUUUUUUAAAAUGAAGCAAACCUUGUUGAGAUCCUAGUAUAUGCUGCUUUGCGUAUCUGAUACACUGGCUUAGCGGGUUUUCACAUGACACUCUAGCUCACGUUCAAUAAAUGCAUGAAGUCCUCCACCCCAAAGUCAAUGUUUUGUGCAGUGUCUGAAAAGGAAGGUCUCUGUGUGUAUUUGUGUGCAACAGUAUGCAUGACAGCCUCUCCUUUCCAAACACCAUGCCAACUGCAUGGACACCAGGGGGACAGGGCCAGAAAGGGGGUGGGGGGAGUGAGACUUCAUUCCUGUUCUUUCCCCCUUCCAUUCAUGCACCGAACAUAAGGGAAGUUUUAUGGGUAUAAUGUUAAUCUGUGUGACAUGCUCCAAACACACCAAAAGUGCUAUUAAAGCAGUAGCAGAAGUUGUAUUCCAAAACCCAAGUUUCUUCCUAAGUUGAAUCUGUUUGCCUUUACACACUUCAAAAUGUGAGGGCAAACCUCUCAAAAACUGUUCUAAUAAAUAUUCUUCCUUCCAAACUUAAACACUUUAUAUCCUAUUGGUUUCUGUUGGAGAAUUAAACACAUGAUGAACUCUCUCCCACUGAAAUUUAUAGAGCUUACAAGUCAGUCUUGAUUGGAUCAGGCUAGUUGAAAAUAACUGUUCAGGCAUUUGCCUGCUUGCAGUUGGAAGUGCCACUAAAUAAGUAUAGCAAUAUUGAAAGAGAAUAUUUUGGUGCACUACAAAUGCAGACGUUUGGCAAUGUUUUUCUCCAUUAUGUGUUCUAAGAAAGAAAUAAGACUGCCAGCAGAAGAGAAUAGUCAUGCCUUUAGCUCUGCUACUUAUGACACCCCCAGGGCAGCCUGGAUCAUAGAUCUGUUUUCCAAGCUGUUGCUUUUUAAGAGAACUUUUUCAUGAAACGCAGCUUCAUGUAUGAAAUCGUAAGGAAAGUUACGGUCAUGCAAGCAAGUGCAACAUGGUUCUGCCACAGGCCCCAUGCAGUUGGUUCGAUCCCUUGGCUUUUGAGAUACUGUUCUCCAGUGCACCUACAAAGAAGUACAAGUAGAGGUUUUGAGAAUUAGUCCUAGAAUUGCAACGUAUUAUAAGUGUCCCCCUCCCCUCCAGAAGUAGCCAGUGACUUUGCAGCUUAGCACAGAAAGAGCACAUAACCCUUUCCCAAUGGUAGUAAAGGGUAAAGGGGCCCCUGGCCAUUAGGUCCAGUCAUGACAGACUCUGGGGUUGCGGCGCUCAUCUCAUUUUAUUGGCUGAGGGAGCCGGCAUACAGCUUCCAGGUCAUGUGGCCAGCAUGACUAAGCCGCUUCUGGCAAACCAGAGCAGCGCACGGAAACGCCGUUUAACUUCCUGCCGGAGCGGUACCUAUUUAUCUACUUGCACUUUGACGUGCUUUCGAACUGCUAGGUUGGCAGGAGCAGGGACUGAGCAACGGGAGCUCACCCCAUCGUGGGGAUUUGAACCGCCAACCUUCUGAUCGGCAAAUCCUAGGCUCUGUGGUUUAACCCGCAGCACCACCUAGAAAGUCUCAAUUUCAGUCCUGGGCAUCUACUAUAGUGGAGCAGGAAAAGAUUCCCUAUCGUAAACUGAAGAGCCACUGCCAUCAGUGUGGACAGCACUGAGCUAGAUGGACCACUGCUCUGAUUCAUUAUAAAACAAGGAUAGCUAAGCUUUUUGGCCUAAGGGUGCAUCUAUCCUUAGCCAAUACUCUGGGGACCACAUGGCAACAGUAGGUUGGGCUAAGAAUGGAGGUAGACACCACACAGAACACAACCUCCAUCCUCACUUGGUCAGCUGAAGAGGAGGGAUACUGACCCCUCUGCACUCCAUGGAUGAUCAGUCUGAUGACCAAGGAACUUGCCUUCCCAUCAGGGUACUGGAUUUGGCAGAUUUAAAAACUUCUCCACCUAACCCCAGUGCUGUAUAUAAUUUUAACUUCUAUUUUUGACAUUACUGCAAAAUUAGUAGGAUCUUUUGGGGGAAGGGAUCUGCUUGGGCAGUGGUGGUGAGACUACAUCAGCCCCACCCACCCCCAGCUAUAAAUCAACUUCCUAUGUUCCAUCGGGCCAUCCAGCAUGACCAAGAUUAAAGUCAGCACAGAAAAGCGUACAGACUAUGCAUGGAUUUUCCAUAAGCCUCCGAGUGGGCAGUAAGCAUGAUCCUAGUUUCAUGGUUAUGAAUUAACUUGCAAUUAAGACAGCUGUUUUUUGUGUGUACUUAAUGAAAUAAGAUAUAUACAGUAUAGUGAAAUGUCCCUCUGACCUGAUUUGGCUCAGGGGUUUCCAGAAUUCCUCAUUUAAAGGGAUUACGCUAAAACCAUUCAUAGUGUCACUGCUAUCAUAAAUAGUGUAGUGUCAAAACAAUAACAUAGCAAUUUCUUUCUAAUGCCUUUCUUCCCCUGGGAGGCAUCCAAAACAAUGACCAUUUUUGGAGGGGACAGGGAAGUAAAUUAAACCCAAGGCUCACCUAGGUCCAUUCACAUUGCAUUAAACUAUGGUUCAGUAUGUCUGAAUGCAGUCGUCAUAUUAAUGUGAACAGUACUCUUGUGGGGGUUUGUAGGUGCCUCCUGCUAAGUGGGUUAGAUCUAGCUAGAAUGAAAAUAUAUUUUACUUACAUCUGUAAUUUGCUGAGAUCUGUACAGUUAGAAUUGCUCCAAUUUUCAUUCAUGCUUACGUUGCAGAAAUUGAGAUCAGCAAGUUCAUUAACCUGCAGUGCCUUUGAAAGUAAAAAGAAAAAAUGAUAUAAAGGCAUAGUAACAGCAAGAGAGUUGUUGCAGCGUAGUUUCAUGUAAAAAUGUUGUAGUGUGCAGACUAUUCUUUUCUAGCUAGUAUAGGAUAGAAAAUGAGCUGUGAGUUUGUUUUGCUGAUUUAGUCCUCACUUCCACUAUGACAUUUGUUGGGUGAUAUCAGACAAGCCAUUAUCAUUCAACAUUCCCUCUUCCAUUUGCAAUAUGGGAGUAAUAUUGUUGUAAGGAACACAAAGGUUGUAUGUGAAAUGCUCUGAGCAUUUGGGGAAAGUGUCAUAUAUAUUUGCACGUUCAUUAUUAUUUACAACCACAUAAUGGGGGUAAGGGUUAUUUGAAAUUGGUGGCUCCCAGACUGUAGACUUUUUUGUGGUGGUGAGCAUAAAGGAAGCUAUUCUUCAGCCCAGAUUACUACAGCUGGAACAGCUCAAUCGGUAGAUCAUGGGGCUCUUAAUUUCAGGGUUGUGGGUUCAAGCCCCACAUUGGGCAAAAGAAUAUUUUGCAUUGCAGAGGGUUGGAGUAGAUGACCCUUGCGGUCCCUUUCAACUCUCUUGAUUCUAUGAUUCUAAGUGACUUAGUAUGCAAAUGUUCCAGCAAUCCAUGAAGUGCUUCAGCCCAGGUCGACUUUAGGGGCAGCUGUUAACCGAGGCAUUGCAGACGGCAUCAGGAUUACGUUGAAAGUGAUAUGCCCUUUUGCUUUCAGUGGAUCUUACAACACAAUUCUAUGCAUGUUUAUUCAGGAGUAUGACCUACAUUCAGUGGGUAGACUCUCCAGCAAGUAUGUUUACGGCUGUAACCUUAGUCACAACUCACUUUAGCUGGAUUGGGGGCAAAGCCUAUAAAACUCAAAAAGCAACAAAUAUAUAUGUCUAAUUAUGGGGCAGAAUUUCCAAGGGCUUGAGCUGAUUAGUUUGUCUUUCACCAUUAUAGGUAGAAUAGUUGCUUUUUGGGAGGA